AUGGCUACAGCAAAGUUCAAACAUUCCAUCGGGAUCGAUUUGGGAACAACUUAUUCCUGUGUAGGAGUUUUCAGAAACGGUACAGUUGACAUAAUCACUAAUGACCAAGGUAAUCGAACAACUCCCAGUUAUGUAGCUUUUACUGAGGUAGAAAGACUAGUCGGAGAUCCAGCUAUGAAUCAAAUUGCAAUUAAUCCUUCGAAUACGGUAUACGAUGCGAAGAGACUAAUUGGUAGGAAAUUUGAUGAUCCUGUCGUUCAACUAGACAUAAAACAUUGGCCAUUCGAAGUUAUCAAUGAUAGAGGAAAACCGAAAGUUAAGGUGCGUUAUAAAAACGAAGAAAAAACUUUUUUUCCUGAAGAAAUUUCCUCAAUGAUUCUGGCGAAGAUGAAAGAAACUGCUGAAGCAUUUUUAGGUGACAAUAUAUCAAGAGCAGUUGUGACGGUUCCUGCGUAUUUUAACGAUUCGCAAAGACAAGCAACAAAAGAUGCCGGCACUAUUGCCGGGCUUGAUGUUCAACGUAUAAUUAACGAGCCUACAGCAGCUGCGAUUGCCUACGGAUUGGACAAAAAGAGUGACGAUGACAGAUACGUCCUGAUUUUCGAUUUAGGUGGGGGCACUUUCGACGUAUCCAUUCUACUUAUAUCCGGUGGAAUUUUUGAAGUAAAAUCGACAGCAGGUGAUACUCACUUGGGUGGCGAAGAUAUAGACAAUCGUAUGGUUCAAUAUUUCAUGGAAGAACUAAAAAAUAAAAACAAAAUAGAUAUAAGGAAUAAUAAAAGAGCUAUGAGAAGACUAAAAUCGGCUUGCGAAAGAGCCAAAAGAAUUCUUUCUUCAGCUGCUCAAGCCUCCAUAGAAAUAGAUUCUAUCUCUGAGGGAGUUGAUUUGUAUACGACAAUCACAAGAGCCAAAUUUGAAGAGAUAAAUAACGACAUAUUCACAAGAACAUUAGAACCCGUGAAGAAAGCCAUAGGAGAUGCCAAAAUAAGUAGAGGACAGAUUGAGGAAAUUGUACUUGUCGGAGGAAGUACCAGAAUACCGAGAAUCCAAAAUUUAUUAUCUGGAAUGUUUCAAGGUAAGGAAUUGAAUAAAUCAAUCAAUCCCGACGAAGCAGUUGCUUACGGAGCAGCUAUUCAAGCAGCUAUUCUCAGUGGAGAUACUCAUGAAGCUGUUCAAGAUGUUUUACUACUAGAUGUAACUCCAUUGUCUUUGGGUAUAGAAACAGCAGGUGGUGUGAUGACAGUAUUGAUCAAAAGAAAUACUACCAUUCCAACGAAGCAAACACAAAUAUUUUCUACAUAUGCUGAUAACCAACCAGGAGUUCUGGUACAAGUUUACGAAGGAGAAAGAUCGAUGACGAAGGAUAAUAACCUAUUAGGAAGAUUUGAACUAGCCGGUAUACCCGCAGCUCCACGUGGAGUACCACAAAUAGAAGUAACUUUUGAUUUGGAUGCUAAUGGUAUUCUUAACGUAACUGCUCGUGAAACUGCUACUGGUAGAAAAAGUAACAUAACGAUCACAAAUGACAAGGGCAGGUUAACAAAAGAACAAAUUCAGAAGAUGGUAGCCGAAGCAGAGAAGUUCAGAGAACAGGAUCAAGGUGCAAGAGCCGCAGUGUCUGCCCGAAACGAUUUGGAAACCUACGUGUAUCAAAUGAGAUCAUUAAUUAACGACCCACAAGUACAGUUAAAAAUCAGUUCAGCGGAUCAAAAUAAAGUAUUGAAAAUGUGUGAGGACAUCACAAACUGGAUCAGCGAAAACCAAGGUAGUUCGGAAAGAGAUUAUUCGAAUAAGAAGAUGGAAUUGGAGAACUUGUGCAAGCCAAUAGUUAUCAGUUUAUACAGUUCAAGCUCAGGUCCGAAUUUUGAUAGAUCCUUCACUCAACCAUCGGAUGACAGAGAUGAUAGUACCAAUGGAGGCGGACCUGUAAUAGACGAAAUUGAAUAA